AUACAGAUUCGAUGUAAUAUAUACCUAAACAAUAGAUUUACCAAGUUCUUAUCCAAUUUCAAAGCCAAUAUCUAAACAUAAGACACAUUCAAAGUUUUCCCCAAAUUUGUUUUCAAAUCUACAUACAAAUUCGACCAAAUAACAACCAAAUAAAGGGAAACUAAUCACUUACCACAAGGAACGAAGAUGGAGCUUCGAUUUCGACAAAGAAAGAAGAAGAAAUGAAGCAGUCUCGACUUUAGGGUUUCAGACAAGAGAGACAAAGAGAUAGUUGAGACACAAACGAACAAGGAAGAACGAAGAUGGAUUUUCGAAUUAGAUGGAGAAUGAACAAGGAAGAACGAAGAUGGAUACUCUAGGGUUUCAAUCUCCGAUUUCGCAAUAGAGAGUGUCGCAAGGGGAAGGUUGGGGGAGAGACAGACCCGAUGAUUGAAAAUUUUGGAGAAGAGAAUGUUGAGUAAUUCAAAACGACAUCGUUUUGGUUUAGAUGGGUCGGGUUUUAGGGUUUGUAUUGUAUGGGUCGGAUCUUUCUGGUUGGAUCUUGUAAAUAACUAAAUUAUUUUAGGGCAAUCCGUCUUUAGUCACGUUUUCUAUUUAAAAAAAAAUGAAAAAGAAAUUUUAUUAUAAUAAAGGGAUAAAUGGGGAUUUUUUUGGAGGGUAGAGGGCAUAUGGAGUUAAGCUCCCAUUCACUGGGAGAGUAACUCCAUAUACCCCAUACCCCCAUAAAUGAAUUCUUACUGCCCCCUCUCUAUUCUCCGUACCCUUUUAUCCUUGCACUCCCCAAACUAGCCUUUCAUUUAUUCUCCAAUUAAAUAAACCAACCAUAAUUCAACAACCUACAUGGCCCACAAAACAACCUUAACCAAUCAGAUUUCUCCUGACCCACAUGUCUCCUUCUUCAUCGUACAAGCUUCUUCCUCUCAUCCUCCAUUAGCAUUUUUUGAAGCUCAAAAAAUAGGCAAUUCAGGAAGAUGCAAAAUCUGAAUUGCACAAUCAUUUGUUUUGAUUAUGGAGGAUAUUAUAUGAAAGAUGAGGCUGAAAUAAAAUGGAUCUCGGGAGGUGGUGAAGGAGAAGAUGAAAUCCACACGAUUGUGUUGAGGAAAUCAAUGGAGGAUAUCACUUACUAUGCUUUGGUUGAGCGUAUUUGCAGAAAGAUAAGGGUAGAUGAAUCUAAGGUGCAAGUGAAGAUUAGUUACUUUCCAAUGGUAUUGUAUUCGUACAAGCCAUCAUACAUUUGGAAUGAUGAAGACGUUUUUGGUUAUCUACUGCAAGUAAAUCAUGAGAAGUGUAGAAGUGUUCUACAUGUGGAGUUCAUCAAUGAAGAAGUGCAACUUUUAGAAGAGGAUGAGGAUGGUACUGAGAAUGAUGAAACUGAUGUCUAUGUCGGUCUAUCUGAUAGAGAGGCUAUAGAGGCUGGUGAUGAAGAUGAUAAUGGUGGUGUGCUCACUUUUCACGAAGACAUUGAGAUGCAUGAUGGUGUCAAUCAGAGACGGGAUGAUGGUAUGGAUUUGGUUAUAGGUCAAGAAUUUAUAACCAAGGAGGCAGCAAAAGUUCUUAUUCAAGCAGCGUCGUAUCAGAAAUCUUUUGAAUUUGAUAUAAUUAAGUCGGAUACUAAGAGAUUUGUGGUUAAAUGUCGAGGAGCCAAAGAUGGGUGCAAUUGGUUUGUGCGAGUUGCAAUGUUAAAGACGUCAAAUAUUUGGACGGUUAGAAGUUUCAUCAAGCAGCAUACAUGUUCUGUCAUUACAAGAACACUGCCUGAUAGAGAGGUUGGUGAUGAAGAUGGUACUGAGAAUGAUGCAACUGGUAAUGAAGGUACUGGUGGUGUGCUCACUUUUCACGGAGAGAUUGAGAUGGGUGAGAAUAUCACGGAAAGAGAUGAGCAUGUGUUUGAAGAUACAGAAGUAAGACCAGUAGUUGUCUAUCAGCCACGGGAUGAUGGUACAGGUUUGGUUUUAGGUCAAGAAUUUAGAACCAAGGAGGAAGCAAAAGUCCAUAUUCAGACGGCUUCACAUAAGAAAUGUUUUGAGUUUGAUAUAAUUAAGUCGGAUACUCAAAGAUUUGUCGUUAAAUGCCGAGGAGCCAAAGACGGGUGCAAGUGGUUUGUGCGAGUUGCAAAACUAAAGAAUACAGAUCUUUGGACGGUUAGAAGUUACAUCAAGCAGCAUACAUGUUCUGUUGUUACUACAAGAACACUGCCUGAUAGAAGGAAAGGUACAUCACAAAUCGUUGCAUCAGUUUUGGCUCAAGAUUAUCCUGGUACAUUUGACACACCAGUUCCCAAAGUUCUGAUCGAUUUGGUUCAUCGAAAGGUUGGUGUGCAUGUUUCAUACACCUCAGCAUGGAGAGGAAAAAGAGAAGCUGCUAAUGAAGUGCGAGGAAGUCCAGAAGAGAGUUUUACUUUAUUAUACUGUUAUAUGCACAUGCUGGAGCAGACAAAUAUUGGCACAAGAACUCGUGUGGUAGUGGAUGAGGCCAACAAAUUUAAGUAUCUGUUUUUUGCCCUGGGAGCUAGCAUAGAAGGGUUCAGUGCGAUGAGGAAAGUCCUCAUAGUGGAUGGAACACACCUGAAGAAUGUUUAUGGUGGAGUUCUCCUCAUUGCGACUGCUCAGGAUCCUGAUCAUCACCACUACCCAAUUGCGUUUGGUGUAGCAGAUGGUGAGAAUGAUGAAAGCUGGAUAUGGUUUAUGGAACAGUUGAAAUCAGUGAUAUCCGAUGUCCCGGGAUUGGUAUUUCUUUCAGAUAGAAACAAAAGCUUGAUCAAGUCAGUACGUCUAGUGUUCCCUGAGGCCGAACAUGGGUAUUGUAUAUGGCAUUUGUCUCAGAAUGUUAAAACCCACGUCCAUAACAACAAAGAUACUUGUGCGUUCAAGUUUAGAGAAUGCGCACACGCUUAUACGGAGGCUGAGUUCAAGUACCUUUAUCAUGCUUUUCGCCGGAAGUAUCCUAGUGCAGCAACGUAUCUUGACAAAAGUGUUGAAGAGAAGAAGUGGGCUAGAUGUUACUUCAGAGGAGAUAGGUACAAUGUUGACACCACCAAUUCAGUAGAAUGUGGGAGUGGUUCAGGUACUACCUAGGUUUUACUGGAGAUUACUGGGCUUAAUAUGUGAAAUUUGGAUUACUGGGUUUUACUGGUAUUAUUAUGUGCAAUUUGGAUUACUGGGUUUUACUGGUAUUAUUAUUUGCAAUUUGGAUUAUUGGGUUUUACUGGUAUUAUUAUUUGCAAUUUGGAUUACUGGGUUUUACUGGUAUUAUUAUUUGCAAUUUGGAUUACUGGGUUUUACUGGUAUUAUUUUGUGCAAUCGAAACCAAUGUGUAUCACUACGUUAUGUGUAAUUUAGACUAUCUUUAUAUGAUUAUUUUCAAUUCGUAGGCUACGUAUAUAAUAAAUAUAUAGAUUAGACUAUUUUUGUUAAUUAUUUUCAAUAGUUUAAGAAAAUCUUAACGGUUUCCCAAAAAACUUCCUUAACUUUCAUUGUUAGUAUGUGAAUGGUUAACAAUAUAGUAAGUAGAAUUUUACAAAAUACAUAUUUCUCGUAAAUUGCUUAUGUAAAUGUCUUCUUUGACGAUAAUAAUAGGGUAAAAUCAUUGGUUCUACUACCAAACAUUCUUUUUUGAGAUGGAUUUACUACAAAAACGUAAAAAAUGCCAAAGUAUUACUAUGUGUAUGGUGGUAUUACUAUUACCUUGAAGAUUACCAUAGGUAUUACUAAGUGUUAAAAAUAAUAUUAAAAUAUUUAUGACGGCUGCACGUUUUAAAUGUGAAAUGCAUUUUUCAAUUCGUUUU